AGAUUGGAAACCCCUCUCUCUCUCAACCAUUGCAAUCUUGCAUUUUUCAAUCCAUAGCAAUGAAUAUUGCUGCUCCAAGUAUUGAAAAUGCUGGACCUUUCACUCGUGCAUGUGGAUGGCACAAGCUAUUGCCAAAUAAGAUAGUCGAGAUGGCAAAGAAGAUUAAGAAACUGGGACAAGAUGGUCCACGGAGAAUUAUCCAUUCGCUAAAAGUAGGACAGGCUCUCACAUUGGUUUCCUUAUUCUACUACAUCCAACCACUCUAUGAUCGUAUUGGCGAAAAUUCAAUAUGGGCUGUCAUAACAGUCAUUCUUGUCUUUGAGUUUUCCGUUGGAGCAACUCUGGGAAAAGGCUUAAACAGGAUGCUAGCAACGUUGUCAGCUGGUGCUCUAGGUGUUGGAGUUCAUCACCUAGCAACUCUCUCUGGUGAGAAAGGAGAGCCCAUUGUACUUGGAUUCUUCGUCGCUAUGAUAGCUGCAACAGUAACAUUUGUGAGAUUCUUUCCCACAAUGAAGGCGAGGUAUGAUUAUGGGCUGCUCAUAUUCAUAUUGACUUUCUCUUUAGUAUCUGUUUCGGGUUACCGAGAAGAUAAGGUGCUACAUAUGACCCAUCAGAGGGUAACCACAAUCAUCAUGGAUAGCUUUAUCGCUAUAAUUACAUGCAUCUGUAUACGUCCCGUUUGGAUUGGAGAGGAACUUCAAAAUUUGAUAGCUAACAACAUUGAAAAACUUGAGAAUUUCUUAUAUGAGGAACUACUUAAGGAUGGUCUUGGACAAGACUUGGAAUUCUCAUCCAAUGGAAACUCAGUCAGCGUUUCCUCUGUUCCUCUGAAACUGAGAGUGUUUACAAUAGUGAUGUUUCACAACUUGUACCCCUUAUCCAGCACUAGGAUCUUGAAGUUCAAAGGAAUUCACCCAACAACAGAUGAAUCUCCUUGCACAAAACCGAGUCCAAUCAACAUGCGUACAUUCAACGCAAGCAUUGGUCAUAGUCGGAAGAGAGUUAAACUAGAAACUUCCACAUCUCACGGUGGUUUCAGCACAUUCUCCCUUGAUGAAAAACUCGACAACAUUGUGACAUCUGCUAAUCUAGCAAGAUGGGAAUUGUGGAACUAUUGUUUUGGGCUCUUUCAUCCUUGGAAACAAUAUGUUAAAAUUGGUACCCUAACUAGGCAAUGCGCCUACAAAAUUGAAGCUCUUAACAAUUACCUUAACUCUGAGAUUCAAACGCUCAAUGAGUUCGGACGCAAAAUUCAAGAGCCAAGCACAAAAAUCUGCUCAGAAUCUGGAAAAGCUCUUAGGGAAUUAGCAUCAGCAGUCAAAAAAAUGAACCAACCAACAUCAGUUAAUGCACACAUUGAAAACACAAAAACCGCUAUUGAAAACCUGAAAUUCAUGCUUGAUACAUACCAUUUGGAAGAUGCUAAUCUCCAAGAGAUCAUACCACAAACAGAUCUUACACAUCACUGA